GAAGGAAGAAAUUGGUUUAUGUCCAUAGAUUUCAAUAAGUGAAUUAGAACCAGCGAGUUGAAGAUAAAAAGAGAAAGACUUCUGCUAAAGUAAAGAUAAUCUUCACAAUUACAUCAUUUAAAAUAAAAUUGGGUAACCACGUAAAUGAGUGAAUGACUAGCAUUGAAAUGACUACCAGAUCAUGAACGAUGCCCACACCAUGGUGAAAUCGAAAGGUGCUGAUAGCUGAGAUGCCUUUUGGCUGUUUACUGAAUGUUGCUUUUGUCUCCUUCUUCAUAAGAUAAACCAGCUGCAUGGAAGCAGAAAACCACACAGAAGUGUCACAAUUCCUGCUCCUGGGUCUCUCAGAUGACCCGAAACUGCAGCCCCUCCUCUGUGGAGUGUUCCUGUGCAUGUACCUGUUCACUGUGCUUGGAAACCUGCUCAUCAUUGUGGCCAUCAGCUCUGACUCCCACCUCCACACCCCCAUGUAUUUCUUCCUCUCCAACCUGUCCUUUAUUGAAAUCUGUUUCACCUCCGCCACGGUCCCAAAGAUGCUGGUGAAUGUCCAGGCACAGAGCAAAAACAUCUCCUACAUUGGGUGCCUCAUUCAGGUGUAUUUUGUUAUGAUAUUUGCUGGAAUGGACAGCUUCCUCCUGACUGUGAUGGCCUAUGACCGGUAUGUGGCCAUCUGUCAACCCCUGUACUACAUGGUCAUCAUGAACCCACGCUUCUGUGGCAUUCUGGUUCUGAUAUCUUGGCUCAUCAUUUUCUGGGUCUCCCUGCUUCAUAUUCUACUGAUGAGGCGGCUGACCUUCUGCGUCGGCACUAAAAUCCCACAUUUUUUCUGUGAACUGACUCAGAUCCUCAAGGUGGCCUGCUCUGACACCCUCAUCAAUAACAUUGUCUUGAAUGUGGCUACCGCCCUCCUGGGUGUGUUUCCUCUCACAGGAAUUCUGUUUUCUUACUCUAGGAUUGUUGCCUCUUUAAUGAGAAUAUCCUCUGCAGGAGGGAAAUACAAAGCAUUUUCCACCUGUGGCUCUCACCUCUCUGUGGUCUCCUUGUUCUAUGUGACAGGCCUGGGGGUCCACCUCAGUUCUGCUCUGACCCAUUCGUCCCUACAGAACUCAAUUGCCUCAGUCAUGUACACCGUGGUCACCCCCAUGCUGAACCCGUUCAUCUACAGCCUGAGGAACAAGGAUAUGAAGGGGGCUCUGAGAAGGCUCUUCAACCCAGUCACACCUUGUCUGUGAUGGACCUCUGGCCUCAGACCUAAAGGCACACAGUGGGGC